AUGGGACUUGAGGGCUGUGGUUACAUACUCCUCAGGGAGUCUACAGGACUUGAGGGCUGUGGUUACAUACUCCUCGGAGAGUCUAAGGGACUUGAGAGCUCAUCUCUCUGUUCCUCUCAAUCUUAUUGUUACCCCUUUGUUUUCAUUCUCUCUCUCUCUGCCUCCCUCAAUGUUCCUUUCAGUCUUUCUUCAUCUCUUCCUUUUCUUUCACUUCCUCUCUUUCCCUCUCAAUCUUUCUUUAUCACUUUCAUUUCUUUCUUUAUCUUUCUCACACAUACUGUUCCUCCCAAUCUUUCUUCACCUUUUUUGAUUUCCUCUCUCUUUCACUGUCCCUCUCAGUCUCUCUUUAACACUUUUCUCUUUCCCUCUCAUUGUUCUUCUCAAUUUUUUUUAACCCUUCCUUUUCAUCUCUCACUUCUUUCUUUCUCUUUAUUUUCCUCACCUCUCUUAUUGUUGUUCUCACUUUAUCUCUUUCUUUAUUCCUCUCUCUCACUGAUCAUCUCAUUUUUUCUUUGUCUCAUUCACGCUGUUCCUCUCAAUCUUUUUCAUCUCUUUCUCUUUUUCUUUUAUUUCUCUCAGUAUUUCCUUAUCUCUUUCUUUUCUUUCCCUCUCUCAUUAUCUUCCUUUACCUGUUUUCUUGUAUUUCUUUCUAUAUUUCUUUUUAGUCUCUCUUUGUCUUUUCUCUGUUUCAAAAAGUCUUUUCUUCUUUUCCUUUUUUCAUUCUUAAAAAUAUCAUUCUUUUAUCUUGACCACAAAUUUUUUUAUUCUUUCUUUUUCUUGUUUCCUGUCUACAUUUAUUUUUUGUUACUUUUAUUUCUUCAUUCAAUUUCUCUUCAUUUCUUUCUUAUUUUUUCAAACUAA